ACGGCCUGGGACAUCACCACUGCUUACCCGCCAAGUCGGCUGCGCCUGCGCGGACGCUGCGGCAGUCGGCGCCAUGACUGCAUCUGGGGUCUCUUGGCUGUUUGGCCGCCUCCCGGCCUCGGCUAGAAGAGCGGCAAGAUCACGCCCCCUGUAUCACUCUUUGAGGAAAACAAGUUCUUCUCAAGAAAGAAACCCUGAACCUGUCAAACAAUCCCUCAAGAAACCAAAGUUACCAGAAGGUCGUUUUGAUGCACCGGAAGAUUCCAAUUUAGAGAAAGAACCACUAGAAAAAUUUCCAGAUGAUGUUAAUCCAGUUACCAAAGAAAAAGGUGGACCCAGGGGCCCAGAACCUACCCGAUAUGGAGAUUGGGAACGAAAAGGACGCUGUAUUGAUUUUUAAGUCAUAUCAGAAUCAUUUUCUGAAUAUGUACAUCUGCGCUAACUUAUUUAUGAUUUUUUUCUCUAUAUUCUUUAAGUCAUAUAAUUUCUGUAAUGUGCCUGAAAUAUAUACAUGAUGGCUUUGAAAGAAAAUAUGCCAUUAUAAAUUAUGAAAAGGAAAAUAUAUAUCCAUAUUGGCACAGAUUAGCUUAAAUUUAAAUGCACUGGGGUAUAUAAAUUAUGAUUAGAGCUGCACACCUUUAUUCUGUCACUUUUCAGUUAAGAUUGCUUCUAAGAUGCACAUGCGAAUAAAGUAUUUUUUA